AAACAACGUCCACUCUUCGGUCAACUGGAAGGUGAGAUCAGUGGUCGUCUCAACGGCCUCGAGUUGACGGGCGUCCGCCUGAGUGGAAAUUGGUCCGCUGCAUCACCCACCAGCACCAGACAUGAGAUCCGAUUUCACAGCGUCCCACCUGAACACUCCCUUUGUCUGCAGGCCCUUCUAGAGACCGUGGUCCCCGCACUGUGGUAUACGGCACGCGAGGUUGAUAGUGCAACCAAUGGCGAAUACGUGGUCGGUCGUAACGGAGCCUUUUCAUGGAACAGCGUUGGCCAGUUCGCCGAUGGCAGUAGUGUGCGCCUAGAACAGCGACUCCGUCGCAUUGACGAUCCUGACGAGGUCGGAGUCAGAAAAGUGAUCCUGAGACUUGAUUCCACAAUCAACGGCGAUUGCCCCCUGGGUCUGCGACAGUCUGAGAACGGCAAAUAUCUUGUGAACUCCAAGAAGAAGGUCGAAGUGGCCAACUUUAAGGAGCAAAUUGUUCAACUCAAUCCCUCUAAAGGCAAGUUUCCCUAG